UUUCACCUUCCCUUUACCGAUUAUAACAAAUGUUAGGAUGGAAAAUCUAUUUGGACCGAAGCUAACCUCCCAAGAAGGUGAGGUAGAUACUGUGACUGCUCUAAAAGACAAAGUUGUUGGUUUGUACUUCAGUGCACAUUGGUGCCCACCUUGCAGAUCCUUCACCCCUGAACUUGCUAAAACCUACAAGCUUCUUACCGAGCAAGGAAAGAACUUUGAGAUCGUGUUUGUAUCCAGUGACAAUGAUGAUUCUGGGUUUACUGAGUAUUUUAACUCGAUGCCGUGGAAAGCACUGCCCUAUUCUGAGAGAGAUCGAAAGGCGUCAUUAAGUAAGAAGUUCAAGGUCAGCGGUAUUCCUACUCUUGUCAUUCUGGACCCUUCCGGCGCUAUUAUCACAAAAGAUGGGCGAACUCAGAUUGAUGGAGAUCCAGAAGGAGCUAACUUUCCUUGGGUGCCCCCAGAAGUGAAGGACGUUUUAGGAACUGAGUUUAUGAGCAAGGAUGGUAAAACUGUGACAUUGUCCGAACUGGAGGGUCACCACAUUGCGGUCUACUUCUCCGCUCAUUGGUGUCCACCGUGUAAGACAUUCACUCCUAACCUGGCUAAAGUUUACACUACGCUCAAGGAUAAGGGUGUAAAGUUGGAGAUAAUCUUUGCUUCCAGCGACAAGAAUGAAGAAGAGUUUGAUGAGUAUUACAAGGAGAUGCCAUGGCUAGCGCUCCCGUACGUCGACAGGGAACGGAAAUUAAAAUUAUCACAGAAAUUCGGAGUGACAGGUAUCCCGUGUCUUGUUGUGCUAGGACCAGAUCUAGAGAUUGUGAACCCCAACGCCAGGAACAGGGUCUCCAAUGAUCUGGAAGCUGCCGAGUUCCCCUGGGGGGCUAAGCCCUUAAUAAACCUGGAUGAGGACCCGUCCAACAUCAACGACUACGUGUCUGUUCUCUUUGUAAAGGGAGAAUGUAUGGACGAAGGAGCUGCUAAGGCCAUGAUGGAUAAACUGUCCGCUUCUGGACAGGAAUAUAUAAACAAAGCUAAGAUAAGCAAGGAGGACCCAGAGUUUAUGUUCUUCUUUUCAAACAGUGCGAGCGGUAAAGUAACAUCCAGCGUGAUUGAUGCGAUGGAGGGAGCUGCUCAAGCCGACCGGCCGGUUCUGGUAGUUUUGGAUAUCCCCGAGGGAGGAAAAUACAGCGUCGUGGAGACCGACAACCCCACCCCAGAUAUGAUCGAUACAGUGCUGGAGGACUACAAGGCUGGGAAACUAACCAUGAAGCAACUUAACUAGGUUGCUUAUAUGUAUUUAAAGAGUCAUUUAGAGGACCACAAUUGUUUUAUCCAUUAAUAUUUAUGUGUGCGAGUUAUGGACGAUUCUUUUCUUAUUUCCAUGUUUAUUUUGCUUUCACUGAACGAUUGAAAAGGAAUGCUUUGAUUUUGACGUUUUUGAGCAAAAACAUAUUUGCUAUGAUUUACUUAUUAGUUGCAGGUUAGCGCUAUUAUUAUUGUAAUUUCCGUGUACACUGUAUAUAGAAUUAAUAAUUUCAUCUGUUUAAAUAAAAA